AGUCAGGACACACUUGCGCCGCCUCAGUUAUUCCUCAACUAACUUUAGCAGAAAUAUUACAAACGUCACACCAGAUGUGUUUCUCAGACUUUACAUUGUUCAUUUGGAAGAUACUUUUUCUUUUACCGGAACUGUGAUAUUAAGUUGAAUAAACGAGGAAUUUCUUGGUUCGCUCGAAGUUUUGAAAUGAGCUACUUUCUGGUAGUGAAAGAAGGAGAGUUUCACUUGAGUUUUUACAGUUGUCAGUUUUUGUAAAUCAUGUCUUGUGAAGGAAACCGCAUGUCAGAUGUAAGGAUAGGGGAGGCCUUGAUCAAAGAGGUCAUACAGGAGGAACUGAAGGAUUUUCCCUCUGAGGAAAUCCCACCCCUCAACCCACUGGCUAUAGAAGGGGAAACUGUACAGGAGCAGAAGGUGGUGAACCAGCUGGGAACAAUGAUCCGUAUCAUUGGUGACAAGCUGAAAGAUAACCCGGAGUUUCAGGAUGCGAUCGAUGGUGUGGCUCGUUGCCCUGGUUCUAAGGGGGAGAGAUUUAAGGAAGUGGCAGACAAAGUGUUCCAAGAUGGUAUCACCUGGGAGAGGAUUGUUGUGCUCUUCUAUGUUGCUGGGAAGCUGGCUGUUAAGAUGGUUGAGGUUCAUCUCCCUCAGUCAGUGAGGGACGUCCUUAAAUGGACUUUGGAUUUCUUCAGAAACAAUCUACUGGGCUGGAUUGUGGAUCAUGGAGGAUGGAUCAACAGCUUCUCUGAGCUGGCAGUGGCGUCUGUGCAAAGCGUGUCAUCAGUGAGCUCCAACACCUGCGGCCUUGUCCUCAUCUUCGCCGCUGGCCUGGCUAUUGGAAGUGUCAUCACUUGGAAACUGACUAGACAACUCUGAGGGAGAUAGAAGCUCAUGCUCAAACUCCAGAUCACAAUCAUGGAACUUACUAAUUAGGUGGUGGUUUUUUUUUUGAUUGUCAUGUGAUGAUGACAUGUCUGUGAUGCAUAGAUUACAUCUUGCCAUUAGAUGGUCCAGUAUUAAAAUGUGUCCAACAUACUCCACCAUCAUGGGAUAUUUCAGACCUAUAUUCAAGCCCUACUCAUAUGAGAUUAGUAUUACCUGGGAACCUCUGGAAAUUUGGAAAUUACCUCUGAAAUUACCUCUGAAAUUACCUCUGAACGUCGCAUUCGUUUUGUGAAGCCUGUAAUUUACUCCUAUUUACUGACAUUUCUGAUUGAAAACGUUAAGGCGCUGCAUGAUCACCAACUUGUCUCUGGGGGCAGCAUCACACUUUACAGCGCUCAGUUUGCUGGACAUUCAUUAGAAGGACAAGAUGCCACAUCCAGUACACUUACAGCUGAAUUUGCACCUAAAAUGCAGUAAAACCUUUGUUUACAAUGUCAAGCACAGCCUCCAUUAUUCACAAGCAGAAAAAUGAGCAGAAAAAGGCACAACGCCUUCUUUAAAAGAAAUACCACCACAAAUUACUUACAUGCUCAUUAGAAUGGGAUUUUUUUUUAAUUAUUAUUAUCAGAGGACCUGUGUGUGCUAUACAGAUGUCCUCAGCAGUUAUUACAAAUGACCAGAGGUCCCCAGGUUAUCCUGUGCAAAUAGAACUUCAGACCCAUUUUAACAACAAUUAUGUCCACUUUGUCUUCAUUGAAUUAUGUAUUGAUUUGACUAUGCAUAAGGAACCAAAAACCUGUCUACUUGAAUGAAUUACUAAUUGAGGAAUAUGUAUUAUUAUUAUUAUUAUUAUUAUUAUUAGAUGUGAAAUGUGGGAUAUAUUUGCUAGAGUAGGUAAAGAUUUAUUUUCUUUUAAAAACCGAUAUGAAGAUGUCUGUUUGUGACACAACCAGCUUUGUUGAUUUAGAAAAGAUGUCAGGGAGCUUUUUGACUGUUUUACUUGCAGUGCUGCACUUGUUCUUCGCGGUACAUGUGGUGGUCAGAUGCAGGCUAACAACACAGUUUUGAAGGUGCCUUGUUUUUGUUAUGGAGGCUGUUACAGGUCAUUUUAAACCUGGUCACCACAGUCAGGGCAUUAUCAUAUACUGUACGUGGUGAAUCUUGCUGAUCAAAGUAAUCUGUCAGCAGCAGCAGUGUCUCUUCUUAUUCAUUUUAACAUGACUUGUUCAAAGGUUUGAGGGCUGGUUUAAACCUGCUUGUUACUUUUUUUAUUAUGAGAACAUAGUAAAAUGUAUGGAAGCCCAUUUCCGUCAGUUAAAAAAAUAAAAAUGAAACCUUG